ACGCUGGGGUUGUAUUGAGUGCUUAUAUAGAUAUUUAACCUGCACACGGCUUGUAUUGCGUGGCAUUGUGUGAGCGAAGGCGCGGGUGGGAGUCGCUCCAGACUCGGAGCCGCACAGGGAGCCGCGCUGUUCAGGGUUUAGCUGUGAGGGGGCUUGGGCUGUGUGGUGUUGUAGGGAAUGGGCGGUGGUCCGGUCCCAUGGGAUGAGUUACAGUACCUUGUAUUCUAGAAUCGGUACAAACUGCAACCACAGAAAAGGGGACAAUGUCUGACAGAAAAGCCGUCAUUAAAAACGCCGACAUGUCGGAGGAGAUGCAGCAGGACGCGGUGGAGUGCGCUACGCAGGCUCUGGAGAAAUACAACAUCGAGAAAGACAUCGCAGCCUACAUCAAGAAGGAGUUUGACAAAAAGUACAACCCCACUUGGCAUUGCAUUGUGGGCAGGAAUUUUGGCAGCUAUGUGACUCAUGAGACGAAGCAUUUCAUUUACUUCUACCUGGGGCAGGUGGCCAUCCUGCUUUUCAAAUCCGGAUAAAGAGACAAUCUUUUAUACUGUCAUUCCAGAAAUGUGCCACACGUUAAGUGGACCCCCAGUGCCCAGGAUAAGAACCGGAACUCCACUAACCCCUCCAAGGGGGGCUGCCCGUAGACCUUGCAGGAAUUCAUUGUUUUGUUAAAGGUCCAGGGACCCACACAUUCUGUGCUGCUUCCACGUUCUUUGUUGGUUACUGCUAUAUAUGUUCAUUUAUCACAUGCCUAUAUUUAUUUUCAUCCAGUUUCUAAAACUAAGCACAAAAAAAAUUCAAAUAAAAACAUUUUAAUAUGAA